GACGUCACCCGGAGCCGUUGAGUCAGUCAGCUGAGGGAGGAACUCCCGACAACAGAAAGUCAACCAGGAAACCGAAGCAGCUAAACUGACCCACCGCCCCGGUGUGACGGCUUAACGGCGGCAUUAACGAUAGGAAGCACUCAGUAUAUCAGUACAGGAUUUGUAUUUAGUAUUGAAGUUGAUACAAAGUAGCGACAUGGCUUCCCUUUUCAAGAAGAAGACUGUGGACGAUAUUAUCAAGGAACAGUCGAAGGAGCUGCGUGGCACUCAGAGACAGAUCACCAGGGACAGAGCAGCGCUGGAGAAACAAGAGAAACAAAUGGAGGCAGAAAUCAAGAAAAUGGCUAGGAGUGGUAACAAGGAGGCAUGCAAGAUUCUCGCCAAGCAGCUGGUCCAGCUGAGGAAGCAGAAGAACCGCACAUACGCCGUCAGCUCCAAGGUCACCUCCAUGUCUACCCAGACAAAGGUCAUGAACUCCCAAAUGAAGAUGGCUGGCGCCAUGUCCACCACAGCCAAGACAAUGCAAGCAGUGAAUAAAAAGAUGGAUCCGCAGAAGACCCUGAAGACCAUGCAGGACUUCCAGAAGGAGAACAUGAAGAUGGGCAUGACCGAAGACAUGAUCAACGACACUUUGGAUGAGAUCUUUGAUGAGUCUGGGGAUGAAGAAGAAUCUCAGGACAUUGUCAACCAGGUUCUGGAUGAGAUCGGCAUUGAGAUCUCAGGAAAGAUGGUGAGAGCUCCAGCUGCAGGAAAGAGUGUCCCCAGCGCCGCUUCCUCCAAGCAAGCAACCAUCUCUGACGACGAGAUCGAGAGACAGCUCCGAGCUCUGGGAGUGGACUAAUUGUCUUCUUCGUAUUGAUGUUCACAUUAUAAACCUGUGCAACAUUAGUACUUACUGAUACAGACUGUCAGACACAUUGCCUUUGUCAUCAUUCAAUUGCUACAGGUGCAACAAAGGGUGCACAGCAACACAAACACACACACACACACCCACGCAUUAACAUUGACAUUCGAAGGCAUGCAGGCAGACAGAUGUAUAUUAACACAUACAUAUUCAUGCAUUCUUCGGUAGGCUGCCUUACAGAUCAUUAAGGCAGAACAUCUGAUCUAUUUAUGCGAAAAUAAUAUUUAUUAUGACACAGGAGUGGCCACAGCCUGAAGGUGAACCAAUAAUAGAUGCUUGCCCUAAAGAGUUCUGAACCACCUACACUGUUGUUUACCACCCAUCUGUCUUUAUAAGGGCUACAGUAUAUGUGACCUUGGCUUUUCCCAACUGAUGUUUUGGCCAAACUUGAGUUAAUCAUAUAAUCUAUCAUCUUUUACAUGACUGAAGAUGGAUGGUCUUUCUCCAGCAAGUUUAAAUGAGUAAAACAUAAGAGCUUAGGGGUUGUCAGUAACCAGAUGGAACUUGUAUUUUUCCCACUCACACAAUUUACCUCCUGUCAUUGUUGCCACUGGUUAAUUUAAAGCCCAAUCUGAUUCACUUCCUCUGAAGCAAACUACCCUCCGCUAUAUGUACAUGUUUUUCAUUGUUAUGUGGGUAAAAUAUCCUGGGGUGUCAAGAGAUGGGACACAGUUACUUAGCCAUGCAAAUGAAAGGGAGAAAAGGCAUUGUCACACAACUGGUCAGCUAGCUAAUUAUUAAUUAUCAUGUUUUUAAAAUCCUUAGGUACGCUACCAUAGAUACUGGAGAUGAUGUAACUCAGACAAACAUAUGCAUGUGAAAUGUGUAACUGACACUGAUGCCUUCGGGCUAGGGUAAGGCCUUCACUUUACUUCAAUAUAAUGCAUGAGAUGGUGAAAUGGAUUGAUCUGAGGACAAGCAUUUAAUUGGCACCGCUGAAGUCGUGAUGCUGUACAGAUUGUGUGGCAAAACUUAAUAUACAAAUACACAUAUCAAAGAGUCGAUUGUUUGAUGCUACUGGGUAAUCAAAUGAGUUUUUUUUUUUUUUUUUUUGCUUCAUUGGUUCAUGUUUGCUCUCUGAUUGUGUAUCUUAUAUUGGACAUGGGAUUUACACUGGUCCUGCAGUCCCUCUUCUCUUUCAGCUGCUGUGCAGUUACUGUCAUUUGUUAUUUUAAGCUGCCUCACUCACAAACAUAAACGCACACUACAGCAGCAAAAUGAUGGAAGUGUUUGCUCUAAUGACACUGUGAUCCAAGAGAUGUUUUCUCUUCUUCAGAGCUGAGGCAGACUCUAUACAGUGAUUUGUUAAUGUCAGACAGCUUGAGAGUGACAGAGACAUAAUAUUAAGUCUUUGUCUUUCUCUGUCUCUGGCCUUUUGUUCCGAUAUUGAUUCCCAUUGCCAAAACAAAUUGAAAAUGUUUUCAUUCCUGCAUGUAUCUGACAUUUACAAUACAUAACUCAUUGAAAUUUUUGUAAAUCACUCUUUCCUCUACCUUUUUAACAGUCUAUUGUGAAUGUGAGCGGAAACAAUGUUUUAUCAGAUUUUGACAUUGAGUGCAGCUCCAUGGUUAGGAAAUUUCCACACUUUUUAAAAGGUGUAUGUAUACUCCUAUUUGUUUCUUUAGUCAUUGUAAAGUGACUCUGUAAAGGGUUUAUGGCUUUUAUAAGGAAUAAAGUUUCUUCAGGUACA